UCGACCGCAGUUUAAUUUUUAUUGUCGUUUUCCAAAGAGAUUCGUCCCGUCUGAUGAACAGUGUCGUUCUGCUCUCAGCGUAGUAUGGAUUAUAUACACUGGUUACUGCUUCUCAUAUCAUGUGCUCUGAUUUUUCACCAAAAUUUCACCGAGGCCACAUCAGAUGGAAAUGAUUCAAUGUGCCCGUGUGAUUGUGACUACAUGGACAAAAUUGACUACUGGAACAACAAGAGCAGCGAAUACGCCAACAAGACGCUGGUAGAAAUAUACGAGGCCUUGCUACCUCAGCUGGAGGCAACGAAGAAAGCCCUACAAGAAGACAAGACACAGCUCUCGUCCUACCAAGCCACCAAAACGAGUGCCACAGACACGCGGCCGUCCGCCGGUCAGGUCGGGGGGACGGUGGGAAUUGUAUUUGUCUGUCUGUUCGUCGGUCUUGUCCUCGCCUUUGAUUUGUCAUCCUAUCAACGACAUCUUAGAACGAUGCAGAUCUGUCGUAAAAGAUUCUGACGUCACUCUUAGAACGAUGCAGAUCUGUCAUAAAAGAUUCUGACGUCACUCUUAGAACGAUGCAGAUCUGUCGUUAAAGAUUCUGACGUCACUCUUAGGACAAUACAAAUCUGUCGUAAAAGAUUCUGACGUCACUUGUAUUUUCUUCAAAAGUGUAAUACAAUUUAUGUUGAUAUACACGGUCUGUUAUGUGAUAUGUAUAUUUUAUGUUGAUAUACAGGGUAUUAUAUGAUAUGUAUGUUUUAGUUGUUGUUCUAUCGAAACGGGAUCAAGAUAUUAUGUAUUUGCCAAGUCGUAUUGCUUAACCAAAUAGUACAGUUGUCUUAAGCAUAUGUAGAAGAGCCGAGGAAUACAAAUCGUGCAGCCAUUAUAUCUACUACUUCUACAGUUAAGAGUUAUGGCUUCAUAGACCGUGUACAUUAGAGUAAUUACAUUCAUACCGAUUUUUAGGCCGUCCUUGGCACACAGAUUCUGACUACGGAUUACUCCGUUUACCUGAUCAAGAUGUAGGGCUCGCGGCGGGUGUGACCGGUCGACAAGGGAUGCUCACUCCUCCUAGGCACCUGAUCCCACCUCUGGUAUAUACAGGGGUCCGUGUUUGCCCAACUGUUUUUCAUUCCUUACAGGAGUGAGGAGUUCGAUCACUGUUCGUUAUCUUCACCUUUUCUAUUGUUAGACAGUAUUGUUCUCCUGCCAUGCCGAUCCCCUGUUGUUAGGGACUGAGUUCGUGUAUUAUUAACGGUACGUAUUAAUAUAUGAUCUCUUCAUUAAGUCUAUUUGACGUGUCAGUUAAGAGGGUUGCAAAUUGCAUACCAUUUAGCCAUAUAUUUCCUCCCACAAGCCCUUGUUUGCAAUGUGAUUAACUCUUUCAAUAUCUUCAGUCAUCAAUGUCGAAAACAAUGACUGCUUUAUGCUUAAGCAAAUUUUGAUGAUAAAACUAGAAAUAUUGAUAUUCGAUAUCAUAUCUGCUCCAGGCAAAAAACAAACAAUCCUCUGGAUUUGUAAAAAAUAAUAUUGUGGAAACGUACUUUCUGCAUUUUAAAAGAAUAAAAUUCAUUUAAAAAAAAAAAAACUAACCUAUAUUUGAAGUAUCUCAGAUCUAAAACAUAUCAACACGUUUUAUUCACACAUUUUUCUGUUGGUGUAAUUUUACAGUCCCGCGGUGUUUGUUUUAAUUGACAGUACAAUGUAAGUGAUGUGGAUGUGCUUAUUGUUUAAUUAGUAUUUCCUUUCGGAUGUGUUUACUCUGUAUCAUGAAUUAUUUUUUCUGUUCAAUAUUGAAAUGUCAAAAUUGAUUCUUAUUGUUCGUGUUAACAAUUGUAUCAUAUCAACGUUAUCUGUUUUAUACAUAAUAAAAAAUCUUGUUUUGAA